AAAUUAUAGUGGCCCCAAAUCUUAGUUCCUUGCAUACUUCACACAAUCGGAGUCCCUAAAGAAAAAAGGGAGAAAAAAAACUCUAAUUUUCACCAUGCCUGAAACUUUCUCAAAACUACACCCCUGCACUUUCUUCUUCCUCUUUACUCUUCUAUUCCUCUCAAACAACCUCGCCUCUGCAAAAUCUAAUGGCUUCUCCAACAUUUUGUCUCCCAAAAAGCUUGGCCUCGGGCGAGAGAAGCUCAGCCACCUUCACUUCUAUUUCCACGACAUAGUCAGCGGACGCAAUCCCACGGCUGUCCGGGUCGCCAGCGCCGCCACGACCAACAAAUCGAAGACCGGAUUCGGUGGUGUCGCGAUGGUUGAUGACCCUUUGACGGAGGCACCGGAGCGGAACUCCAAGCUCGUAGGAAAAGCGCAAGGGAUUUACGCAUCCGCAGCGCAAGACGAAGUUGGUCUAUUAAUGGUGAUGAACUUUGCCUUCAUGGAAGGCAAGUAUAACGGCAGUUCCCUUAGUCUUUUGGGCCGCAACUGCGUGUUUUCGACGGUGAGGGAGAUGCCUAUCGUCGGCGGUAGCGGCCUUUUCCGGUUUGCACGCGGAUAUGCUCAGGCGAAGACUCAUACAGUCGAUCUUAAAUCUGGGGAUGCUGUGGUGGAGUAUAACGUAUAUGUCUUCCACUAUUGACGUUAUCGAUGAUGAAGAACCGCAAUGGCUUUAGGUUUUCUGGUCUAUAUUCCUUCAGUUGGUCCUCUCUUUUGUUUUCUUCUUCUGGGUAAACUUCAUCUUUUUGGCUUUG